UUCCUGUCUCCCCAAACAGAGAAGGGAGACUUCAUCGCCCUGGAUCUUGGUGGAUCAUAUUUCCGCAUUCUGCGGGUGAAGGUCUCCCAUGAAAAGAAGCAGACGGUCCAGAUGGAAAGUGAGAUAUACGACACACCUGAGGACAUCAUUCAUGGCACUGGAACGCGGCUCUUUGACCAUGUUGCUGAAUGCCUUGGAGAUUUCAUGGAGAAGAAGCAGAUCAAAGACAAGAAGCUGCCGGUGGGAUUCACCUUUUCCUUCCCAUGCAGCCAGUCAAAAUUAGAUGAGGGUAUUUUGCUCACGUGGACCAAGCGAUUCAAGGCUAGUGGAGUGGAGGGAAUGGAUGUGGUCAAGCUACUGAACAAGGCCAUCAAGAAACGAGGGGACUAUGACGCAGACAUCAUGGCGGUUGUAAAUGAUACCGUUGGGACUAUGAUGACUUGUGGGUUUGAUGAUCAGCGCUGUGAAGUUGGCAUAAUCAUUGGUACUGGAACUAACGCCUGUUACAUGGAGGAGUUGAGACACAUUGAUUUAGUAGAAGGAGAUGAGGGACGAAUGUGCAUAAACACUGAAUGGGGAGCUUUCGGGGAUGAUGGAUCUCUGGAGGACAUUAGGACUGAAUUUGAUAGAGAGAUUGACAGAGGUUCCAUGAAUCCGGGAAAACAGCUGUUUGAAAAGAUGGUGAGUGGCAUGUACAUGGGAGAACUUGUCAGACUCAUCUUGGUCAAAAUGGCCAAAGAAGGACUACUGUUUGAAGGAAGAAUCACUCCAGAGCUGUUAACUAGAGGAAAAUUUGAAACUAAACAUUUAUCGGCCAUAGAAAAGAGCAAAGAAGGUUUAAGCAAAGCCAAAGACAUACUGACUCGAUUGGGGGUGGAACCCUCCCAUGAAGACUGUAUAGCUGUCCAACAUGUCUGCACAAUUGUUUCCUUCCGCUCGGCUAACCUGAUUGCUUCCACGCUGGGUGGGAUCCUUAUUCGUCUUCGGGACAACAAAGGUGUUCCCAGACUGCGCACCACAGUUGGCAUUGAUGGAUCUUUGUACAAGAUGCAUCCACAAUACAACUUCCAGACUCCUAGACCAGUAAUGACAAAUGUUCUAUGGAAGGGAAGUGAUAGAUCUUCAGUAAAGAGAAUGUUGUGUGGAGGUUUUAUCUGUACCUGUAACCUGCUGUGUUGUGAUCUACUCAGUUACAUAUCAUCCUCACAAGUUCCAUCAACCUCAUUUUUAUCGACCAUGCUGUUACUUACCUCCUUACAGAAGCUGAACUGUUUAGUUUCAUCCAUGCCGAUAAAGAGUUAUACAUUUAUUUACACGAAAGCAUCUCCAGAAUAA